AUGUCUCGACAGCAAGCCGGCAGCAGCGAGCAAGAGCAAUCCAGCAGCCAUGGUCAACCUAGGCCGAGCUCGUCGGCGGCGGACGAUGCCGGAAAUGCUGCCGGCAGCAGUAGUAGCAGCAGCAGCAGCAGAGGGAGGAGGUCCUCGUUUCAGGACCGCCUUUCCUCCUCUCACGGGGGCGCCGGAAGCAAGGUGGUGACCAUGAGGGGUGUUUUCGAGAAGCUGUUGGAGGUGAGCCAGGACGAGGAGAUACCGGACGGCCUCGCGGAAACGGCCGAAGACCUGGUUUCGGCUAGCGUCAUGAACCACCCGGACUCCGACUACCGCCUGCUGGUGGCCUGCUGCCUGGUGGAAGUGCUCCGAAUCUUCGCCCCCGACGCGCCUUACACCGACGACCAAGUGCUGGCCACGCUCUCCCUCAUCAUCACGCAGCUACGGGGGCUGGGCACGGCGGCCACCAAGCCUCGCGAGGAGCGCACGCGCCUGACGUAUCACCUGCUCGAGUCCCUGGCGAACUGCAAGUCGUGCGUGAUCGUGGCCCUGCUGGCCAACGAGGGAGUGCCCGGAGGCCUUGAGCAGCUGGUGGAGAUGUUCGAGGUCUUGCUCACGGGGGUUCGCCCCGAGCACAACGAGGGGAUCCAGGAGCUCAUCCUGGAGACCCUCCAGCUGUGCAUUGGCGAGCUCCAUGCGAUGCCCCAGCCCCUCCUGGACACGAUUCUGAUCCAGCUGCUGCCGGUGACGAAGAAGGAGAGCCCGACCAGCUACAACCUCGCGGCGGAGCUGCUUAACGCUACUUUGGCGAAGGUGCAGACGCCCAUCUCCCACUUGGUCAGCAGCAUGCUUUCGGGGGCACGGGGCGGUGCGAUUGAGUCCGAGCUGAAGGAGCACGUUAUCCCCCUGGUGUUCGAGCUGCACAAGGUGACCCCCAACAUGCUCACCUUCAUCCUGCCCGAGGUGGCCGAACAGCUCAAGGCCGAAGACGUCGAUGUGCGCUCGGGCGCGUGCGCCCUGCUUGGGCGAUUGUUCUCAUCGCCGAGGGCCGAAUACGGGGCGGAGAAGCCCGCCAUCUGGGCGUCGUUCCUGGGGAGGUUCAUCGACGCCGAUGUCGGAAUCCGAAGAACCAUGGUUGACGCGGCUACCCUCAUCAUCCACCGCAAGCCGGCUCUGCGAAAGGACUUGUACUCGCCCAUGAGCCUCCGGUUGCAAGACCCAGACCCGAAUGUCCGCAGCGCGGCGGUGAAGGGCUUGAUUGAGCUCGUCAACAAAGAUCCCACGGUGCUGCCCAAGGCUCUCCUGGAGGCGAUCGAGCUACGCAUGAGGGACAAGAAGGACCUUAUCCGGCAGUUCGCGUGCAUCGGAAUGUCGAAGGCGUUCAAGAGGCACAUCGGAACCACCUGGCGGCCCAAGGGAGAAUACGCCUACGGCGUAGGGGGCAAGGUCGAGAAGACCGGCGGUGGCGGUAGGGGCAAGAAGGCCAAGAGCAAGGCCAACAAAGACCCGAUUUCGCUCAAGCGCCCUCCCGCAGAGCUGACGUCGAAGCUGGGAUGGGUGCCGGCAUCCGUUGUGAAGGCGACGGCCGUGCACGGAGAGGUGGACACCAAGAGCAAGAUGGUACACAUCCUCGAUGAGAACAUCAUUCCUAACGAUCUUCGCGACGAGGCUCGAGCUGCGGUGCUUGCCCACCUCCUGCAUGGUAUGGACCAGCAGGCCAAGAAUGGCGUGACGUGGAUACUGCAGGACAAAAGGAACGUGCGCGGGGCCGUGCUGCGAUACCUCGACGCCCGCGAUGCCUUCAAGGCCACCAGGGCUACCUCCGAAGACAAGGCGUUGGAGGCCAAGCUGGACGCGGCGAUGGCCGUGGUGGCGAGGUUGCACCCGUCGACCUCGCCCUCGGGAAAGCAGCUCACCCUGCUGAGGGACCUGGCCCACAAGCAGGACAAGAAGAUUUUCCGUCUUUUGAGGACGGUGUGCUCUCCCGACGCGCCGCACAGCGUGACCGCCGCGGCGCGCGUCGACCUCAUCAAGAAGGUCGGCACCCAGACUGGCCUGGGGAUGUACCUCAAGACGCUUUCCACGCGGUGCUCCGCGUUGGCGAUGAGCCCGGCGGGUUUCCAGGAGCUGUGUCUGGCGUGCCGCAGAGGCAUGGAAGAGGGGGACGACGGUGUUUUCCUCCCCCCCCUCGGUCUGCUAGAGGCGAUGGUGAAGGUUUUUCCCGAGCAAGCCAGAGGACAGGAGGGGAACCUGGCCUCCGUCUUCCUCGUCGCCGAGGAAAACGGUUACCGGGAGGAGAUGACGAGGGUCCUCGCCGUCGUCGCCGCCUGCCGCCGCCCUCCGGACGAGGCAGAAGACGGCGGCAUGGGGGGUAAGAAGAAGGCCGGGAGAGAAGAGGAGGAGGAGGAGGACGGGGGGGGCGAGGAAGACGACGACGACGAGCUGCCGGACGGAUUCUUGGAUAGCCUGGUGAAGCUCUGCACGAAGGACGGUGCCCCCUCGGAAGCAGCGGCAGCCGUCCGCGCCCUCGCCGCCCUCGCCUCCCGGCCGGACACCCAGGCCGGCGAGGCCGCCAGGUUCUCCGCCCUCGAUGCCCUCCGCGAGACAGCUGCUGCUGCGGCGGCGGCGGCGGCGGCAGCGGCGGGGGGGGGGGGCGCUCCCGGCAAGAAGUGUAGGGAUGGUGGGGUGGGAGCGACAGAGGUUACGGCGCUGGCGGCGUUCGCGCGCGAGUUCCCGCGGGAGUUCGAGAGGCACGAGGGGAAGGCGUUGUCGUUUGCGAUGGCGAGGAUGUCCGGUGCGAUCGGGGUCGGGGAAGGGAGAGAGGACGAGGAGGAGGUUGCCAAGAAGAGUGGCAAGAAAAAGAAGCGCGGCGGCGGCGGAAAAGGGGCGGCGGCGACAGCGGUCUCGCCGGCGUGUCUCACGCUCUGCGCCUCGAUAAAGCUCGCGUGCAACUGUCUCAUGGCGCCAGGUCGGGCCACGGACGUUAGCGGAGGUGCGGAAGACAGGGGAGAAGCGUGGUUGAGUACGGUGUUUGCGCUGCUGAAGGCGGACGGGCAGCCGGAGAGUGACGGGGAGAGGGAGAUGGGGGAGGCGGAACGGGCGGAGCUGAGGCUCGCCGGAUCGACCCGUGUCGUGCGGCUGUGCGUCAACAGCGCCAACGUGCAGACGCUGCUCACCCCGCAUCGGUGGCACUCGCUGGCGUGGACGCUGAUGGACCCGUCCGCCAAAGUGAGGCUCGGUUUCAUGCGCGAGGUGUGCCGUGGCCUGGAGCAGACGGGGGCGGCGGGCGAGAGAGGCCCGUCGACGCUGAGGUUCAUGGCUUACCUGUGUCUCAUGGCCUUCGAGUCCGAACCGAUCAGGAAAAAGGCAACCCUUGCCGUCGCCAACAACGUCCGCCAGCUGAGGCUCGCGCACCAGCGGGCAACCGCCGCGGCCGCCGCCGCCGCAGCAGCAGCAGCAGCUGACGACGGCGUUGGCGAUGCCGGCAGCGAGGAAGGGGGGGGGGGGUCGCCGGCGUCGACAAAGGCAUCGUCCGCGGCGGCGGCGGCGGCGGCAGCUGCCUUGGAGAGGUCGAUGCCGGAGUACGUGCUGCCCUACGCGAUCCACCUGCUGGCGUACCACCCGGACUUUCCGGCGCACAAGGACGACAAGCAGCGCAUCAAGAACUUGGAGAAGUACCUGAACUUUCUCAUCGAGCCGCUCAUCGGGGCCGGCCGGCAGACGGGAGAGGCCGACAACAUGUCCAUGCUCCUGCAGAUGCUGGACACCAUCACCACGUCCUACCGUGACGCGCUUGACCCCUCCAACAACCGCAUCCACCUCACCGCACGAAUAGCCCGCCAGCUACUGUUGAGCAAGAUCAAGACCCAGAGCGACCUACAGCCGUACCCGGGGAACAUAUUCCUGCCGGCCCCGCUCUUCCAGCGCCGCUGCCGCGAGGAUGAGACCCCCUCCUCCUCGUCGUCCCCUUCGCCGUCCACCAGGCUUGCCGGAGAGGCCCCGGGCUUUGGUAGCCCGGCGGGGGCGCCUGCGGCGCGCCACCGCCGCCGCAGCCGCUCGAGUGCCGCUGGGGCAGCGGCGGCGGCAACCCCCAACAGCAGCAGCGGCGGUGGCGGCGGUGGCGGCGGCAGUGCCGCUUCUUCGCCGUUAUCGUCGUCGUCUUCCUCCGCACCCUCCAGGAGAGUCCGUCGUCGGACUUCCUCCACUGGUUCCGCUGACAGAUCCUCUGUUGGCGAUGAUGGCGGCGGCGGCGGCGGUGGUGGCGGUGGUGGUGGCGGUGUUGGUAGCAGCAGGUGCCGCCGUUCGUCGGAGGCUGAGGCCGGGGAUGGUUCAGGAGACACCUCGGCGGCGGCGUCUCGCGCGCGGCGCCUCGCUCGCCGGCGGUCGGCCUCGCCGCCGACACCGGAAUCGCCCUUCUCCGACGACAUCGGAGAACAAGGAGGAGGAGGAGGGCCUAUUUCCCCGUCCCUGUCGCCCAUUGCCAACGCGGCCCCCUCCCCCGGGUCAUCCCAGCAAGCCUCGCCCCAUCGGGCAGGCAGCGGCCGGGGUAGGGACCGGGGACAGGUGUCGUCGCCGUCGCCAUUUCCUCCGAGGCCGUCUCCGGCUACGGCUGCGGCUGCCGGGGCGGGGGCGGGGGAAUCGCCGCCUGCGGGAGAGAGGAGGGAGGGUAGGGCGGCCGCGCGUGUCGCCAGGAGCAGGAUCGCGGCGACGGAGAAAACGACGGCUGGUCGCAAGAGGGCAGGGCGAUCUGCUGCUGCUGCUGCUGCUGCCGGUGGUGGUGGUGGUGGUGGUGGUAGUAGUAGUACCGGGCGGGGAGCGAAAGGCAGAGGUGCGGUGGCGGCGGAGACGGAAGAGAAGAGCGGUGAAGCAGGAGCGGGUUCGGGCGACGACGCGGACGAGGAGGAAAAGGACAAGCCUUCUCCAGCCAAGAAGCAGAAACGGGGUGCCAGCAGGACUGCUGCUGCCCCUUCCACACCCCCGUCUCGCCGGUCUCCCCGGGUGGCGACGUCGGCCACCCCCGAUCAUGUCGGAGACAACGAGGAGACCUCCCAGGGUGAGGGGUGCGGUGCCGGCGGCGGCCAAGGCUACGGCCUCGGGGCGGGGGGACACGAGGGGAAAAGGGCGCAAGGACGAUAGCGAGAACGAGCAGGAGGAGGAGGAGGGUGGGGACGAUGAUGAUGACUCGGAGGACGAAGCACUGAUGGCGCUCUCCCGCCGCCGCCGCGCGGUGAUGCAAGAAUAGGCCGCUAGAAGAGCCAAGGCCGAGAGGGUUAGCGGCUUUUCGCGGCGGAUACAAGUGGGGCAGUGGGGCCUACACUGGCUCGUAUUCUAUCCUACAUGGUGCCGUCCUUCGAACCGAAGACGCUUCUUGGUAGUAGGCAGAAGGAAGGGUGUCAUCAUUAUAUUCUCGAACUCUUGGAGGGGGGAGGUCUGCGAAAGUAGCGCACCCCCCCCCCCCCCCCCCCCCCGCCCCGGAAGGUGUGUGGGAUGCAAAAGUGCUCCCCAAUGCUUAGUUGGGUGGAAAAAGGUAGGCGUGUGUGAAGGGCCUUUCUUUGUCUUAUUUCAAGAAGCGCUUUUUUUUUGGGGGGGGGGCGGCGUCCCUGGGGACAAAGCGCGUCGUGACCGGGCGGCUCUUUCUCCGCCUUGAGGGCAGGGAGGGCUAGGGUAGCGGGCUACUGCUGUAGCAGCUUGCGGCGCUGCUCUCCUGCUACUCCUAUUUCUGGUGAAAAAAUAUUUACUGGUCUAGAGAUGCAACAGGGUGUGGUGGGGUGUUUGCCCUUGGCUUGGAUUGUGUGUACCACGUUUGUUUUUGAGAGCACCGGCCCUGUUUACCGGCUGACCCGUUGGAAUCCUAGCCAUAGUGGGACGGAGGAGAUCCGUUCUAGCAUGUGCGCAUGCAUGUCGGCGGGUGCAUUUUGCCUCAGGGAUCAAGGUGGGGGGGGGGUGAAAUACAAGGGAAGAAAUUCAUAUUCAGCACGAACGAGAUAUGUACGAGUGGCAGAAGGCACCCAGAGCUUUGUUUAGAAGAAGUGCCAAACCUAUACCUUCGUCUUUCCGAGAAAACGCUAUUUUCUACCGCGGUUGUUGACUGCUUUUUUCCCACCACCACCACGAUAAGACAGGUGCUGUUUCGCGCUUGUUUUUUUUCUUUUACGUCGAGUCGAAAUUGUUCGUAGGGGCGGCGACCUUGCUUUCAAAGCAACAAUCAAUGUAAAUGUGGAAACCGUGCCCCGAACUCUUGAGAUUCGAACUCGCAACACAUUUGUUGGUGUGCCUGUUCACCUUGAAGUAUUUGUUUUUGUUUUCUGUUUUCGGAAAUGAUUUGUGCGUGGCAUUAGGUGCGUGGCAUCGUCUGUUCAAUACUCUCGAGGCGUUGUGCUAUAUCGUGGUAUGAUUUGACAGUGGUGCCGUAGCAUGGUGUAGGCGUGGCGUGGGAUUCGCCAGCUGUGUUGUGUGUGUUUGUGUGUCUUUGUUAGACAGCAGCAGUAGUACACUAAGUGUCGGCAUCCCUUUGGACCGAUGUACAUGCAAGGGUUCUUCAGAGGGCAUACGACCGCCCCAACAAGAGCCUGGCAGUCCUUGGGAUUACGGACUUACGGACCUCUUUUAUUUUGUUUUGUUACCAAUGGCGAGAAUUCAGCUGUUUUUCGGGUUUUUGCACGCACCUGUAUUUCUAGUGAUUCACUGGGAAGGGGCAUUGUUUUAGAAUGGGAACGGUAUUUUCAAGGUCUGCUUUAUUCUAGGGGUUCAAUCGUGAUGGAUUGAACUGCUUGAGGUGUUGGGAAGUCGUCGUCGCAAGGAGAAGGAAAAUUGCGAAGAAUAGGCAGGAGAUGGGGGUGAGUGAAGGAAUGCGAGUUGGAUGGGAGAAGUUGCGUCAAGCGCCUCAUGACAGGAAGCGUGCGACCAGCGUUGGUCAAUGCAAGCAUCGAAGGGGGGGAUGCAACGGAAGAAAGGAGAUAUAUGCACCUUUGCUGCUGGUGCGUACCAUGUCUUCCCAUUUGAGGCUUUGACGCGAUUGACGUUCUUCGG